AUGGCUUGGCAUAUCUCUGAUGCUCUUCUCAACAGUGGUUGCGAGGACGUCUUGAAGAGGAGGCCAUGCAAUGGUGACCAUCGGUGUUGUCUUGGGAGGUUAGAGCCACAACAAAGUUUGAUGAGUGGUGACCAUGAGACCAUCCAAUCAGGUGGUGCUGUGGCUGUCAGCCAACAGGCAAAGGUCAUGGUCGAUCUCUUAAUGCCCACGGCAGUUGGUAAAGGUGAGUGGACGCAGAGCUGCAAACUGAUUGGGACUGGGGAGAAAUGUGUUCUGAGUUUUGGUGAGCUUCUUGCCCGCCUGUCCGUGCUUAGGCAAUUAUGCAAGAUAUCGGGGGUAAAGGUCUGCUUUGAUACUGAAAAUGCUCGUGAUUCUUUCUACAGAGCAGCAGUGAACUUUGUUUUAGAUGAUUGCAGCAGAGCAGCAAAAGACAUCGGUGCAGCAAAACUUAAUGGUGAGGAUCCAAGGGAGUUUCUCGCCGGUCUUGCUAGCAAUAUUGGAUUAGACAAGUUUCGUGCUGCCACUCUUGUAUGUGCAUCAAUUGCUACUCGUACACGGACAUGCUUCUUGCAAUGCUGGGCUCUAGAGAUUCAAGGAAAACGGCCAGAAGCACUGGAUGAACUUGUGAAGAUUUGUAGAAUUCAUUAUAUAUUUCCUCCAGAGGACAAUUCUGCAGAGAUGGAAAUGGUGGCUGCUGGACUAGAAAAGAAUUUGCAUGUUGCCGAGAGGGUUCACCUUCUAUAUCUAUACAGGAGCGCUUGUACUGCUGGUAACGUAAAAACAGCUGCAGAAGCUCUUGGUCUGGGCUGGAUAUAA